AACAUAGCCUUCACGUUGAUGGUUUUACCCCAUAUUAGCGUCCGUGAUUCAUAAGGGGGAUUAGCAGUCUUCAUGCCCCGUUCACGAAGUCGUUCCCGCUCAUAUAGUCCUAGAGCUCGCCCGACUGGCGGUAUGCGGCGUGAAAGGGACCUCAGGACAUCCCUUUUGUUUCGUAACCUGUCAAAGACCACGACUGCUGAUGACUUACGCCAUACAACAGAGCGGUUCGGGCCCAUUCGGGACAUCUAUUUGCCGAAGGACUUUUACACAGGGGAUCCUCGGGGCUUAGGGUUUGUCGAGUUCUCUGACCCCAAGGAUGCGGAGGAGGCGCGCCACUCGCUGGACGGGUCCACUUUAGCAGGACGCGUGAUUUCGGUCCAAUUUGCCCAACACGGCCGGAAGCGGCCGGAAGACUACCGCAAUGGGGGCAGCGGUGGUUACCACAGCGGCAGUGGGGGCGGCUAUGGAAGUAGCCGCGGCGGCGGCUAUGAUCGGGACCACCGGGACCGGGGAUACCGGGACUACGACUACGGUCGUGACCGGGACUAUCGUGACCGCGAUCGGGACUACCGCGAUCGGGACCGGGACUACCGAGACAGGGACCGGGACCGGGACUACCGGGGCAAGGAGCGUGACCGGGACCGAGACAGCCGACGGCAUAGUCGCAGCCCGCGACGUGGCCGCAGCCGGUCUCCGCGCCGCAGCCCUCGCCGGGACAGGUCCGUGAGCCGUAGCCGCUCCCCGCCGCCCAACGUUAAUAACGACACUCGAGACCGGGAAAUCCGGGACGACCGUGGCCGGGACCGGGAACGGUCACCAGAUCAAGGCAGGAGGGAUAGCGGCAGGGAGCUGGCCCGCUCGCCGGAUGCAAGGAGCCCGACACCGAACCGGUCCAACGUCCUGUCGCAAGAGAUGGUCCUCGCACGGCAUGAUGCGCUGAUGAACAUGGGCCCGUGAUGAAGUUGACAUGGACAAGGAUUUGAUGAUGGGGCACAUGGGCCGUCUUCCUCUGCCAUGAUGAUGCUGAUGAUACAUGACGGAAAGGUCUGCUAGCUGGCAAUCCAUCUUCUUGGUCUAAGAAGCUGUGGUACAGCAUCGCCAUUUUUUAUACACUUUGCAUCAUACAUGUGCUCGUCAUACUUGUUCACGAAAUUUUUAAUAUAUAUAUUGUAACAAAAUUACGGU